CAAAGGGCUGGGGCCUCCUGCUGGACCUGCUCGCAGGAGCCGCUGUGGGCAGGGUAUAAAGCCGGGGAGCAGACCGGGCACAGCGUGUGGCAGUGCAGGGAUGAAGUCUGUCCUGGGCUGCGUCCUGGUGCUGCUCUGGGCCACCCAGGCGUGUGCCGAGGUCCUGCUGCAGCCAGAUUUUAAUGCCACGAAGUUCUCAGGCCUCUGGUUCGUGGUCUCCAUGGCCUCCGACUGCAAGGUCUUCCUGGGCGAGAAGGACCGCCUGCUGAUGUCCACCCGCGCCGUGACGGCCAGCGCGGACGGCGACCUCAGCGUCCGCUCGGCGUCGCCCCGGCCCGGCAGCUGCGACCAGUCGGAGGCCGAGUACCUGCGGGUGGGCUCCCAGGGACACUUCCGAGUCCCGGCUCUGGGCUACCUGGACGUGCGCGUGGUGGACACGGACUACAUCUCCUUCGCGGUGCUCUACAUCCACAAGGAGCUGCGGGGGGCGCUCAGCACCGUGGCGCAGCUCUACAGCCGCACCCAGGACCCCAGCUCGCAGGCCUUGACAGCCUUCCGGGACUUCUACCCCACCGUGGGGCUCUCGGAGGACACCAUGGUGAUGCUGCCCAAGUCAGACACGUGCUCCUCCGCCGGACGAGAGGACACCCCAGCUCCUCCGGACGCCCGCCCUGGCCCUUCCCAGGCUGCCUGUGAGGCCCAGAACUGCUAUGCUGCUGCCAGCACCACCCUGGGGGGCAGCGCCUUCCCCAGGGACCCCGACACACACAUCACCCCGAGACCCUGGCUCCACAAAUAA